GUCGCAAGUGGUAUCGUCUUGUUAUUUGCAUGUGUCCUUCAUUUUAGGAAAGCACGUUGAUUUCCACGAGGCCAUGGCUAUAAAAAAGGUUGAAGAUACAUUUUGGUAGCCUCCUGUCUGUAGCUGUAUUCAUUCGCGGACACAGUCGCUCUACAGGGUGAUAAAACGACCAAGCUACAGAGAAAGCCCCACCAUGUCUAAGGACAUCAUGAUGGUGCUGGAAGGCCUGGGGAAGGUGGGACAGGCGCUGGGCUCCUCGCAGCGUGUGUACGUACGCCAGGUGUGGAACACCUGCAGCCUGCAGCAGCUGCUGCAUGAGGCCCGAGGACAGAUGGACGGUGCAAUGGGCAUGGCGCGAUCAACGCAGGAAGGAGUUAAGUCUACAAUCAGGAGAACAAUGGACAACAUCUCUGAGAGGUCAGGGCUGGGAGAGGAGGUCAACAUGACAGCAGCUACACCAGACUUUGACACAGCAGCAACAACCCCUGCUACAGGACCAGCCACAGAUACUGGAACAGUCAACGGAACACGCCACUUCAGUACUACUACUAAUACCACUAUCAAUAAAAAUGGCUCAGCCAACUUUACCCAGCAGACAAGAGGCUUCCACUAUGAAGCCACCACACCUCCAGUAACAGCAGACGUUCUUAAGAAAAGUGAACAGAAAAAGGAGGAAAAGAAACCCAAGCUGUCCGCCAUCAGGCCCAAAGUAGUACCAAAAGUCUUCAAAUCUGUCGCGAGGCAAACUCUGAGUGGCCAGGCCAAGGCCAGGGCUGUGCCUGCCAGCAGGAUCAGCAGACUGGUUAGCUAUGGAGGUCUUGCAGCUGGUUUGGGUGCAGGGGCGCUUGCUGAAGUUACAAGAAGAGGAUUGGGUAUGUCUGAUAACAAAGGCGGCAUUGCUCUGUUAGACUCCAGCCCUUUCCUGACUCAGGCCAAUGCAGAGCGUAUUGUGGACACGCUCUGCAGAGUUCGAGGGGCUGCACUCAAGCUGGGACAGAUGCUUAGUAUUCAAGACAACUCGAUGAUGAACCCUCAACUGCAGAGAAUUUUCGAGCGGGUCAGACAAAGUGCAGACUUCAUGCCUCUGUGGCAGUUGGAGAAAGUGCUGGUUAAGGAGCUGGGAGCAGACUGGAGAGACAAACUGGCAUCGUUUGAGGAGAAGCCGUUUGCAGCAGCAUCAAUCGGGCAGGUUCACAGGGCCAAGCUGCACGAUGGCAGGGAGGUGGCCAUGAAGAUACAGUACCCAGGUGUUGCUAAAGGAAUAAACAGCGACAUUGACAACUUGAUGUCAGUCCUGAGUGUGGCUAACGUCUUACCAGAAGGCCUGUAUGUGGACAAGUUGGUGGAUGUGGCGAGGAAGGAGCUGUCCUGGGAGGUGGACUAUGUCAGGGAGGCAGAGAUGACGAGAACGUUUGGGGAGUUGCUGAAGGAUGACCCGAUAUUCUAUGUGCCAGAGGUGAUCACUGAGCUGUCCACUCCCCAAGUACUGACCACAGAGCUGAUCGAUGGCAUGACUCUGGACCAGCUGACUGAGAUAGAUGAGGACACUAAGAAUGAGAUCUGCCUGGCCAUCAUCAGACUGUGCAUGAAGGAGGUGUUCGAGUGGAAGCUGAUGCAGACAGACCCCAACUGGUCCAACUUCUUCUACAACCCUGUCCAUGGGAAGAUCAACCUCCUUGACUUCGGAGCUACGAGGAAGUUUGAGGACAACUUUGUUGACAACUACAUCAAGGUGAUCCAAGGUGCAGCGAUGGGAGACAGAGAGCAGGUUCUCAACUUCUCCAGGGAGCUGGGCUUCCUGACUGGCUAUGAGUCUAAGGCCUUUGAGAAAGCCCAUGUGGAUGCAGUCAUGAUCCUGGGGGAACCUUUCCAGAGCGAGGAACCGUUCGACUUUGGAACCCAAGACACGACCAUGCGUAUCCACCAGCUCCUGCCCGUGAUGCUGCGUGACAGACUCGCCCCUCCUCCUGAACAGACAUACUCCCUGCACAGGAAGAUGGCUGGGGGAUUCCUGCUGUGCAGCAAGCUGAAGGCCAAACUGUCCUGCAAGAGCCUCUUUGAUGAUAUUUAUGAGGGGUAUAAGUUUAGCACCUGAGUAGGAUUCGGUUCCUCUGUAGUAGUGUCCAUGCAGAUCUAAGAAUCCGGCUCAUUUCAGUGUUUUAUGUCAUUUUUUUCUGGCUGUUGGUACAUCCCUUCUCCGUCUACGUAGGAGAAAGAGAGAAACUAUGGCCACUAGAAAGAGGUAUGAAGAACCUCAAAAACACGCUCAAAACACUGACCUGGACUCUACAUAAGCUUGGGUAUGACUGAUGGGCUUUUAUCUAUCCUCAUUUGCAGCUAGUCAUAAUGUGAGUGAUUGUAAGGUAUUAUUGAAGGUACCUUAUCCUCACCUCAAAAAGACAGGCAGAUCUGGACGUGUGCCACAAGUUCUGUUACAAGAACAAGCUACUACUAGUAGGUACUUAUAAUUCAGCUUCAUGCAAAAGGAGUGUUGAACCACCUUGUCAUUGGCAUCUGCUCUCAGGCUAAUGUACAGUUAUAGACUGUCAGCUUCCUGUGUUUGCUAUUGGCCACACUGAACCAGACUCUUGCCUGGGUAUUACAUCUUCAGCCAAAUCCACAUUGUUGGUUCGUUUUACAAGAGGUGUGAAUAUUAUAUUGCUGACAUAAAGAGAAAAUCGCUUUACUUCUCUUCAAGUAGAAAUAGAUGGCUUCUGACUCUGCUUCAGGUCCAAGUAUUAACACUUACAGAUGUAUAUAUUUGUAAAUACUUCAUGAUGCUACAUCAGUGCAUGUUUCAAAAGAAUGCAGAGAUUAGAUAUAAAGUAGAGAACAGCACCAA